AUGGCCCCCCAGCCCGCUGUCAAGACACCCAGAGGUAAACCACCUCGCGACAAGAGGGAAGCCGCCAUCAAGUACAACGAACGCCGCAACUUCCGACGCCGCAUGGCCCGCGUCGAGUCUGACAACCGCCGAGCCGCGGCCAUGGAAGCGGCCAAAGUGGACCACAUCACCAGCGCAAAACCACGUACACCACCCGUCCACAUGGGCCGGGACUACUGGAAGAACAAGUCCAAGCACCUGGAGAGCAAGCUCAAGGACAAGCACGUCUUCCCCAUCAUGUGCGAUGGCUGUAUCGAGAAGGGUGUGAGCGAGUGCUUCCGUGAGCGUGGUGGCAAAAAGCGCAAGUGCAUGCUUUGCGGCAACAAGGCCUGUUCGCAUCACAUCAGAAAGUCUCAAAUGUAA